GCUAGUCUAUCUAUCUCAUCCAGUCGAGGAAACGCCAACAAUAUACCAAGAUAUACGAAACUGAACUGUGCAACGAUCUAUAAGACUUGAUCGUCAUGGCUCCAGCUUCUAAUGAAGAACAAUUCAGGUUCCUUAUUAGCUGUAUUCGAUAUAGCAAUAAUGGGAAGGUAUUUCCUCUUUUCCCCUCGAUACUUCGCUGUCUAUUUACCUUCACAUCACCGUACCAUCUACUGUCUCUGUCAGUGUCGAAGAAGAAUACUAAGAUCGUGCAGGUAGACUUUAGUCAGGUAGCCAAAGAAUGCAACAUCGUCACCAAAGGUGCCGCGUAAGUUUAAAUUCUUUCCUACUCCCUCUUCUUUCCCAUCAAUUCCAUUUCCAAUUCCAGUUCCAAUUCCAAUUCCUCAACUUCAAUUCUCCCACCCUCCACCGGAAACACCAAACUAACAUCUCCCUCCUCUAGCGCAAAACGCUACGAACGCCUGAUGCGCUCCCACGGCAUCGCCCCAAACGCAGCAUCCAUCAAGCCAGCUCAUAGCUCAUCCUCCAGCACAUCAGUCCCCACCUCCGCCUCCGCCUCGGCUUCCCGCAACAAAUCCAGCUCUAGCAAGAAACGCAAGUUUUCUCCCGAAGAGGAGAAUAUCGAUGAUGAUGAUGAUGAAGGGGAAGAAACCUCCAAUCAAAGACUGAAUAGAAGUCGAGUUAAGAGAGAAGUUAAGAGCGAGAUGGGUGCGCGUGUUAAUGCUAAUUAUGGGAUUGUGAAGGAAGAGGGGUAUCGUGAGGAUUCGCCUAGUGUGCAAUUACAGGAAGGAUUGCAGAUGGGUGUUGGCGCGGGAUUGUGUAAUAUUAAUAGGGAGCUGGUGGGUUAUUAUAGUGAUGGUAGUAGUGCGGGUGGAAGUGUUGAUGGGGAUGUACGAGGGGGUGAGUUUCGUGAGGGGGAUGGGUAUGCUGGUGCUAUUAGUGCCGGUGGUAUGAAUGCCGGCGGUAGGGAUACUUAUAGUAAUCCGCAAAACGGCUUUGGCUUUCAUUCGGGUGGAUAUGGUGGAAUGAUGGGUGCUCACGGUAUGAGGGGAAAUGGAAAUCGUAUGGCUGGUCACGGUGGACAGAAUAUGAUGACUUCGACGCCAAGAAGUCAUGCUGCUAUCUCGGAUGGAAUGCGUAUGGGUGUGCAACAAUAUCAAUCUAUGGGACAAGAGUACGAUAGUCAAGACGGAUCGGAUAGUCGCUCGUUAGUUGAAUAGAGGAUGCUCCAGUUUGUUUGGUUGUUGGAGAUGGCGAGUCACAGUGGAGAAUAUGCGAGGAAAGGAGCUUUACUUGUCGUUCAUGGCGUCUGCAGUUUGAGAGAAAUUCCUGGUACAUUUUCCGGAAUCUGAACGAGGAUUUUCAAUUUUAGCGGAUGGAGUAGUUAAGUGCAGGUGGGAAUUUAUGCUUAUCAAAACGGAGACGGAAUAAAAUGGGAAUAAUUCAAACCAACAUUGGUGUCGCUCUCAAUCUUUCGACCUGUAUUUAGCAAUCAAUAUCAUCUGUUUGCGCCAUUUUCACUCUCUUAAUGGAAUUUGAAGAAGGCUGUGAUAUGCCGUAGUUGUCGUCGCAUAUUUCCUCCAGAAACGA